AUGGCUUUAAACAAAUUUAUGCACCCAAACAAUAUUUACAAAACCCCUCCAGACUUUGCUAAGUUAGCGAAAACCUAUAAAGAAUUUUCCGACAUAGCUAAAAUGGAUGUUACAGGUAAAGUGACUAUUGACUUUAAAGAUCCUCAUGCACUGCGGAUUUUGACGACCUGCUUACUAAAAUCUGAUUUUAAUCUCGAUGUCCUUAUACCAGAAGAUAGAUUAGUACCAACAUUGCCGUUAAGGCUAAAUUAUAUCUUGUGGAUUGAAGACUUAAUGAAUUUUAUCAAUAAAAAAGAGUCUAUCACUGGCCUUGAUAUAGGUACUGGUGCAUGUGCUAUAUAUCCUUUACUGGCAGCUGUAAAGAAUAAAUGGAUGAUGGUUGGAACAGAAACAGACAAGGAAAGUUUAUUGAAAGCAACAGAGAAUGUUCAAAGGAAUAAUCUACAGAAUUUAAUAACAUUGAAGGAGAAUCCAACAAAAUCCAUAGUUGAUUUCAUGUUUGCGGAUGAUCAUUCACAAAUGUUUGAUUUUUGUAUGUGCAAUCCACCUUUUUACACUAAUGUCCAAGAGCUUUGGGAGUCGAGGAGUCCAGCGAGACCUGAACCGAAAAAUGGAUUCACCGGAUCACCACAUGAACUUAUCACAGAAGGCGGAGAGUUACAGUUCUGUAGAAAAAUUAUAGAGGAAAGCAAACUUUACAAAGAUAGAAUUCUCAUAUACACAACCAUGGUAGGUCAUAAAUAUAACUUGAAGGAACUAGUUCUGGAUUUAAAAGCUGAAAGCAUUAAAUACACAAUAACUGAAUUCUGUCAAGGAAGAGUUACAAGAUGGGGCCUAGCUUGGACUUAUCAGGAUUAUGAUCUAUCCAAAAUAGAUAUGCCAAAGGAUAAAUCCCGCAAGAAAAACUUACCUAUAACCAUCACGUUACCAAAACCAGAUGAGAGCAAAACUAGAACUAACAGUUUCGAUAAAAUGAAAGCUAUAUUACAGGAGUUAAAAAUUACUUAUAAAGUUAUUACAAAACGUAAUAACGAGUUACGCCUAAAAAUAAUAGCGGUAUCGAAUACUUGGUCAAACCAAAGACGAAAAAGAAGACUGCAAAAACAAAUGGAAGAGCAAUCAAAGAAGGCAAAAUGUGAAGGUAAUUCUACAGGUCAAGAGAUGAUAAAUGACAAUGACCAAAAUGGAACCAGUACUUUGAUCAGUUCAGUAGAAAAAACUACUAAUGAUAUUUCACAAUUAGAUAGUCAAGAAACAACCCAGAAUAUUCGGAGAGCAACAAAGGAGAAGAUGAAGUCUGAUAGUAGAGAAAGUUCAAGUAGCAGGAAAAAAUUAAAGCCAAAUGAAUCGGACAAACCUAGUAAGCCCGCUAAAAAGGUUAUGGAAGUCGAGACUGAUCCUGCAACUUUACAGAGGAGACAAAAACAGAUAGAUUAUGGAAAAAAUACUGUUGGCUAUCACAAUUAUAUAAAACAAGUUCCUAUAGACCAAAGGACCAAAGAUCAUCCAAAAACUCCAGACAAGUAUACAAAAUACAGCAGAAGAUCUUGGGACAUGUUGAUUAAAUUGUGGAGGAAAAAGCUACAUGAUUAUGAUACUGGCAUUAAACAGGAAUAUGAGUCUGAUAGCGAAGAAGAAAACUGA